UCUAUUUCUGCACUUUUCAUGUGAGUUUAUAAAAAUGACUUUUCUAAACCUGAAGAACACAAAACCUCUCUGAAAAUGCUAUGAACAUAACACAUUAGCCAUUUUAAAAUCUAUAGUAAAAUUUUAUGUUUGCUUACAAAUCCACCCCUCUUAAAACUAUAAAUUCUCGAUUCUCCACUGCCAUUUUCCAAUCAAUUUUCACUUCCUUACAAGCUAACCCUUCACUCUCCAACAUCAAACAAACCCAUGCCAAGUUCAUCAUCUCUGGUUUUUCAGACAACCCAUCUCUCAUGGGUCACCUUCUUCAAUUCCUUGCUCAAUCCCCAUCAAACCCAUUUCACUAUUCCUCCUCAAUUUACCAAACAAUCAAAAAUCCAACUGUUUUCGCCUCCAAUAACAUGAUCCGCUGCUUUGUAACGAGCGAAUGGCCGCUUGAAUCGGUUGUGUUUUACGCUUACAUGUUGAACAAUUGUAUUAGACCGAAUAAUUACAGUUUUACGUUUCUUUUACAAGCUUGCGCGAAGGGGUUUGGGUUAAUUGAAGGGAUUCAGGUUCAUUCUCAUGUGAUUAAGUUAGGGUUUUGUGAUGAUGUUUAUGUGAGGAAUGCUUUGAUUCAUUUGUUUUUUGGUUUUUGUAGAGUGGAUUGUGCAAAAAAGGUGUUUGAUGAGAACCCAUUUAGAUGUGAUGUUGUUACUUGGAAUGCUAUGUUGGCGGGUUUUGGGAGAGAUGGGCAGGUUUGUGUUGCGGAGAAGGUGUUCGAUGAAAUGCCUGAUAGAGAUGUUAUUUCUUGGAAUACUAUGAUUAUGGCUUAUGUUCAUAAUGGGAAGCUUGAAGAAGGAUUGGGAUGUUUUGGGAGAAUGAGAGAGAGCGGGUUAGUUCCGAAUGAGGCCACGUUAGUAACGGUUCUUUCGGCUUCUGCGCAAUUGGGUUUGCUUGAACAUGGUAGAAUGGUUCAUUCUAUUAUAGAUUCCUUCAAUGUUCGUAUGACAGUUGCUCUUGGUACGGCCCUUCUUGAUAUGUAUGCAAAAUGUGGGUGUAUCGAGCAGUGUAUGGUCCUCUUUGAUAAAAUGCCUCAACGAGAUAUUUCGACAUGGAAUGUUAUGAUUUGUGGUUUGGCGUCACACGGGUUAGGAAAGGAAGCUAUUGCUUUAUUUGAGAAGUUCUUAAAUGAAGGAUUCCGUCCUGUUAAUAUAACCUUCAUCGGCGUUUUAAAUGCUUGUAGUCGAGCAGGUUUAGUCAAUGAGGGCAGGCAUUAUUUUAACUUGAUGACAGAUUAUUAUCGUAUUCAGCCAGAGAUGGAACAUUUUGGCUGCAUAAUCGAUCUAUUGGGUCGUGCUGGUUUACUCUGGGAGGCUAUUAAAAUUAUCGAGACUAGAGUUGCCUCGCCCGAUCCAGUGUUAUGGGCGACACUUCUUUGCGCUUGUAGGAUUCAUGGAUUAGUCGAACUGGGCGAAAGUAUCGGAAACAGAUUGAUAGAAUCGGAUCCAACCUACGAUGGACAUUACGUACAGCUAGCUAGUAUUUACGCCAAGUCUAAGAAAUGGGAAGAAGUAGCAAGAAUUCGAAAAUUGAUGCCAACUAGUAAGGUUGCAGGUUGGAGCUUGAUUGAAGCUAAGGGAAGAGUCCAUCGAUUUGUUGCAGGCGACAGAGAUCACGAAAGUUCACAACAGAUACACGAAAUGGUUGAAAAAAUCGAAACUCGCAUAGCUGAAGCAGGCUAUGUUGCUAAUAUUUCAUCUGUAUUACAUGACAUAGGAGAGGAAGAGAAAGAAAAUGCGAUUAAGGUGCAUAGCGAGAGGUUGGCGAUUGCUUACGGAUUUUUAGUUAUGGGAGCCGAGGAUUGCAUUCGAAUCGUGAAAAAUCUGAGGGUUUGUCGAGAUUGUCACGAGGUGACUAAGAUGAUUUCCAAGGUUUUUGGAAGGGAGAUUAUAGUGAGAGAUGUUAGCAGAUUUCAUCAUUUUAAAGAGGGGAAAUGUUCAUGUCAUGACUAUUGGUAGAAUUGACUUAUAUAAAAUGUUAAUGGACCAAUGUGUGCUUUGCUGGAAACUUGCCGAGACAAUAAAACAUGCAAAACCAGUACUGUUUUUCAAUAAUCUUUUGUGUUCCAA